GUCCCCUUCAAAAGUCAAAAUUAAAAAAAAAAACCAUAAAAACCGAAUUUUAUAAAUAAAAUAGAUUCAUCUUUUUUUUUCAUAUUUUUCAUAAUAACACACAUAAUAUAUAUAAUAUACACAUACUUAUCCCCUAUACUCAUAUUAUUAUAAAUUACCCUCAAAAAACAUGUCUAAUAAUUUCGCAUACUUUGGAAAUUUAUCUGAUGCCGAUGUUGUCAUCCAGGCCGGAGAAUUUCCUAACUUUAAAAAAAUUUUUGUUCAUUCUAGUAUUUUAAAGGAAAAUUCUCCGUAUUUUCGUGUUGCUUUAUCAACGACAUGGGCUAAAAAAGAAGAUGAAAAGAUCAUUCUAAAGAAACCAAAUAUAACUUAUGCAGUAUUUUAUAUUAUAUUAGAAUACUUUUAUACGAAAAAUUUACCUUUGGAUCAACACGAUGGUUCAACGAUACUUGAUCUGUUAAUAGCAUCUGAUGAACUUUUAAUCAAUGAAUUACUUGUUCAAAUUCAAGAUCAUUUAAUUAACGUAAAAACCGAAUGGUUAAAAAAGAACUUUUCGACAGUUUUACAUGUUGCCUUUAAAAGGGAAACAUGUAAAGAUUUACAAAAUUAUUGUAUGGAUAAAAUUUGUUGGGACCCAAAAAUAAUUUUUGAUAGUAAAGAAUUUUUAAAUUUUGAAGAUUAUAUUCUUGUUGCCUUAUUAAAUCAAGAAAAUUUACAAAUUGAGGAAAUUGAACUUUGGGAUUAUUUAAUUAAAUGGGGAAUAGUUCAAUUACAACAACAAAAAGAAUAUUUUAAAGAAGAAAAAGAAACUUAUAUUAACAAUACUUCUGAUGAUAAUAAUAUUAAUAAUAAUGAUAAUAAUGAUAAUAAUGACAAUAAUAAUGAUACCACUAUUACUGUUAAUAAUAAUAUUACUACUAAUAUUACCAUUUCAAUAGAUUUAUUAAAUUGGAAUAAUCAAGAUUUACAAGAUUUGGGUAAUAUAUUAAAAGAAUGUAUUCCCUUAAUUAGAUUUUCAGAAUUUACUAAAGGAGAAUUUUAUGAUAAAAUUUGGCCUUUAAAGGAUAUUUUACCAUUAGAAUUAGAACAAACCAUUACAGACUUUCAAAACGAUCCCGAAAAUUUCGAAAAUUUUUCUCUUUUACCUCCAAGAAAACCAAUAAUUUCAAUCGAUUCAGCUCUUAUAAAACCACAACAAGCAUCAAAAAUUCCUGAUUGGAUUGAAGUACAAACGAAUUCACCAAAUAAUUCUACCAGAGUUAGAUAUGAAUUUAAAUUAUUAUUAAGAGGAAGUAGAGAUGGAUUCACACCCAAAGUAUUUCAUGAAAAAUGUGAUUAUAAAGGUCCAAAUGUUGUUGUAUUAAAAAUUCGUGGAUCUGGUCAAAUUAUUGGUGGAUAUAAUCCUAUCGGUUGGAGAAGUUUAAAGACAAAACGUUGGCAAUAUACAAAAGAUAGUUUUUUAUUUUCUUUUGGUAAUCGUGGAAAUGUUGACGAAGCAAAAUUAAGUCGCGUCACUCCUGGAAAUGAGGCCAUCUAUGAUGAUCCUUCUUUUGGUCCUUGUUUUGGUAAAACUGAUUUAGAUAUGAGAAGACAAUUUAAUGAGGAAAAUUGUUCUGCUAAAUCAAGAUGUUAUAGACAUGCGAUUACGAAUACCCCUAAAUUUGCUGUCGACGAUUACGAAGUAUUCCAAGUUUUAUGUCAUAAUUUAAAAGUUCAAAAUAAUUCUUUGUAGAGCGAAGAUUCAUAAAAUCGAUUCAUGCAUAUUACGAGGUCAAGCUUAAAGCCUCUAACGGCUUAACCAUCAUAACUAUCAAGUCAGCGCAUUUCAAUACCAUUGUAAAAUUAGUUAUUUGUGAUAUAUUUGCAUUCUUUCAUUUUGUACUAUAUAAUAGUUUUUUUUUUUAACUUUCCAAUUAUAAUUAUUAAUAAUGUACUUUAUAAUUAACAUUAGUGAUUACGUAAAAGGAGAAAACUUGUUUAUUUUAAUAUAGUUACUUUAAUAAAUAAUAAUAAAUUAAAAUUUUUUUUUUUUAAAACAA